AAAAAAAGAUGAAGAAUUGUCUAGUUGUUAGUUUAUUGUUAUUAAUUACAUUCUUUGGCCAGAAUAAUAAUAUUCUAUGUGGCCAAUAUUUCGGUAUCAAUGAUUUGGAAUAUCGAAUACCAAAUUCAUUGUUGAACAAUUUUUACGGACGUAUUGAUGAGGAUCAACAACAACAACAAAUACAUCCGCAACAACCAUAUGUGAUUGUCAAUCCAGUCGAUUUUCAGGCAAAAGAUUCGUAUCCAUUGUAUCAAUCUUCUGAUUUCAAUAAUUAUCGAAUUCGUAAAGAUCUUAGUGAGCAACAACAACAACAACAAUCCAAUGAGCUAUUGAACCGUUAUCAUUUGCAAACACGUGAUGACAUUCUUUUGCCAAGAGAACCGGUACCAAGAAAAGAAUUUCUUGAACAUUCAUCAUUAUAUGGACAUCAAUAUGUACAAGGUGGUGCUGGUGAAGGAUCACAACAUUUGAAACCAGAUGGUAGUAUACAGAAUGUACAGGUGAUCAAAUCAGAUUCAGUAUUGCCAGCCUAUUGUAAUCCACCAAAUCCUUGCCCAGUAGGAUAUACAGCUGAAGACGGAUGUUUGGAAGAUUUUGACAAUUCAGCCGAUUAUAGUAAAGAAUAUCAAGCAUCACAAGAAUGUAUGUGCGACUCGGAACAUAUGUUCAAUUGUCCCGGUAAUACUGAUGAAAAUGAAUUGGAAACAUUGGCCCGUUCAAUUCAGAACGAAGGUAUUGAAUUGGAUUCUACCAUUGAUAAAAUCAUGGAUACAAUGGACACAACGGCAAAAGAUCAUAAAGUUGUGGCAAAAAAAUAUUUUCAAAAACGAAGUAAAAAAUCAAUUGUAAAACGUUCGAUUGAUGAAAUAAAAAACAAUAAUAAAUCGUUUAAACAAGAGAAUCCAUUUUUGGUAGGCGAAAAAUUGCCCGUGGUGGCUAAAAAAAGUCCACAAACAGCUAAAAUUCAUCACUAAAAAUCAAUCAAUCAGUUUCAUUGAUCGAUCAAAUGAAACAAUUUUUAUUUGCGUUGUUUUCUCUUUGCUGCUGCUGCUGCUGCAUUCUUUUCCCAAAUCUUGAACACACUUGAACAUUACUCGUGUAUUGAUGAUGUAUUGAUUGAUAUAAAAAUUUUAUUGUUUUCUUUUUUCUUCA